AUGCUCGAGACGAUCCAGAACUACGAGGACCGAUUCAACGGCCGGUUCCACUACGACUGGGUUUUUCUCAACGACAAGCCGUUUGACAGUACUUUCAUGCAAGAAGUGUCGAACCUGGUCUCCGGAAAGGCCCGUUUCGGCCAGAUCGACGCACACCACUGGCAGUUCCCUUCAGGCCUGAACCGCACGCUCAUGGAGCACAACAUCCAGAAGCUGCUCUCCGACGAGGACGGCGUGCUGCCGUACGCCGACUCCGUCUCGUACAGACACAUGUGCCGGUUCGAAAGCGGGUUUUUCUACCGACAUCCGCUGCUCCAGGAGUACAAGUACUUCUGGCGGGUCGAGCCGGGCGUCAAGCUCUUCUGCGACAUAGACUAUGACAUCUUUGCACACAUGGACGCCCACAAGUACGCAUACGCAUUUGCCAUUAGCAUUCUGGAGUACCCAAAGUCCAUUCCCUCGCUGUUCCGUCACGUUAAGGACUAUCUGCUGUUGGCCGGCAAGGAAGCGCUCCUGCACGACGAGUCCAACUAUUCCAGGUUUGUGUACGACGGCCACACGGACUCGUACAAUCUGUGCCAUUUUUGGACGAAUUUCGAGCUCGGGGACCUCGACGUGUUCCGCUCGCACGAAUAUAACGAGAUGUUCGCGUAUCUCGACCAGCAAAACGGGUUUUUCUACGAGCGCUGGGGAGAUGCCCCCCCCGAGAAUCCGCACAAUUUCUGUCCGCAGCGCAUCUCUGUCUCCUGUAAACAGGUCUAUCUUGUUGACCAUGAUGAGCACGCCGCAGCCCGCAAGACGGUCCUCGCCCAGCACCCUGCUGAACUCCUUGAAGCUCUCCUGGAGCCUGUGGAGACUGGAACUGUCUAUGACCCACAUGAGAAAGUCGGUCUUUUCGAAGUAAUUGAACCAGAACGCCCGCAGCGAGGUCUGGCCUCCGAUGUCCCAGACGUUUAUGUUGAAGCCGGCGUACGGCACGGUGCAGAUGUCGAAGCCCAUCGUGGGGCUCGUUUCCUUGACGUUCUGUCCCAGCAGGCUCUUCACGAUCGUUGA